AUGUCCAAACACAAUCUAUGGUCAGGCGUUGUUCUUGCAACAGCUGCUGCCAUGAUGAUCUUGAUGAUCCACACAUCAUUGGCAGAAGAAGUGAUGAUUGAUCUAGAAGGAAAUCCUCACAUUAAACCCAACGAUCAGGGAAUGACUAGCCUCUCUACCGUCUAUGAUGCUCUCAAAACUCACCUCCCCGAACAAACCUUUGCUCAAGUCCGUAGAAUUUUGUAUGGAAAUGAAUGGAAGAGUCUCUCGAUACCUGAACAAGUCCGUUCCUCUGCCGUAAAGAACAAGUUUGAAGUGAGAGCCUAUUCCAUGAUUCAUAACGUAGCAAAAGAGCAAAGUCGUCCUCCACGUAUUGUGAGAUUGGGUUUGAUUCAAAAUGCGAUCGGAGCAAAUACUACGGAACCAGUCGAUGUUCAAUACAAGGCCAUUGAAGAGAAGAUUGAGAGAAUGAUUGAUGCUGCUGCAUUGAUGGGAGUAAAUGUUGUUGGAUUGCAAGAAGCAUGGACCAUGCCUUUUGCAUUUUGUACAAGAGAGAAACAGCCAUGGAUGGAAUUUGCUGAGGAGGCAGAGACUGGCAGAAGUACUUUAUUCUUGAGAAAGCUCGCUAAAAAGUAUAACAUGGUAAUUGUUUCUCCAAUUUUGGAGAGAGACUCGGAACACAAUGAUGUCAUUUGGAAUACUGCUGUUGUGAUUGGCAAUAGAGGAAACUACAUUGGAAAGGUCCGAAAGAAUCACAUUCCACGUGUUGGAGAUUUCAAUGAAGCCACCUAUUACUUGGAGGGCAAUUUGGGUCAUCCUGUCUUUGAGACCCAAUUUGGUAGAAUUGGUAUCAAUAUUUGCUAUGGGCGUCACAUUCCACUCAACUGGCAAUCAUACGGAUUGAACGGUGCUGAAAUUGUUUUCAAUCCAAGUGCAACUGUCGGUGGUUUAUCUGAACCAAUGUGGCCAAUUGAAGGAAGAAAUGCUGCCAUUGCCAAUAGUUACUUUGUUGCUAGCAUCAACCGAGUUGGAACUGAAUAUUUCCCUAAUGAAUUUACUAGUGCUGAUGGAAAGCCAGCUCACAAAGAUUUUGGCCACUUUUACGGAAGCUCUUAUGUCUCUGCUCCUGAUGCAUCUAGAUCACCAGAGUUGACUCGUUUGGGUGAUGGAUUAUUGGUUGCUGAAAUUGAUCUCAAUCUUAAUAGACAAGUGAAAGACAAGUGGAUGUUCCAGUCUACCUCUAGAUAUGAAAUGUAUGCUAAGGAAUUGAAUGACUUUAUCAAACCAACCUUUAAGAGACAAAUUGUUAGAGAUCCAUCCUUGAAUGGUGCUUUUGAAGAGGAACCAACUGAGUAA